AUGGAACACACCUUUGCCAAUCAACCCUCGACUCGGGUUUUCAGCGGACCUGGUGCUACAACGAGUCCCCUUGCUCUCGCUCUCUCCGCGGCUCAACAACCCUCGGCUGCUUCGCUGCCUCCUCGUUCCCUUGGAGUUGCUGCCGCCGCAGGACUACCGCACUACUCUUCGCCUGGGUUGGGAUCGAUGCCAACCGCCCUACAACAAGCCUUGGCUGGUGCGUCCGCAGGGUCUUAUGCCGCGUCGGCAAGUGUUGGUGCCGACUUUAGAGCAUCCUUGGAUGCUGCGCUGGGAUCACGGCCUCGUUAUACUCUGGCCGAAACUCGUCGUGCCCGCGAACGACGCCAUCGCAGACACGCUCCUCCUGUAGCUGCCGCCCAAGCACCGUCGGCAGCGGCAUCGGCGUCGGUCCUGGAAUCUCCGGAAAUGGAAGCGGCUCCUCCAAGACGGUCCACUCGCGUCAGUCGAAAGCGAGCACCUGUUGCUGCUGCGGCUGCCAAGCCGUCGGAAGAUGUCAAGGAACCGGCAACCAAGAAGCGACGCGGCAACCUGAAGAAGCCUCCUCCGGCUGCCAAAAAGGAUGAUUCGGAGGACGACAACAAACCAGAAGGAGAAGAAGGCAGUCCCAGCUGCUGUAUUUGCAUGGAUACACCAGAAGCAGCAGAUUUGGCAAAUAUUAAUGGCUGCGACCAUCUCUAUUGCUUUGAUUGCAUUGAAAAGUGGGCCGAAAGAGAAAACACCUGCCCGCAGUGUAAAGUUCGCUUUACCAAGAUUGAUCGCGUCAACAAAGCUCGCAGGAGAGGCGCACCAACCAAGAACACCAAGCGUGUCAAACAAAAGGACCAGCGCUCCGAUCUCGCCCCCGGAGCUGCCUUGGAAGGACUUUUGGCCAGCUUUGCAUCGAGUGCCAAUUUCCCACCCCACAGGGUUGCCCGUCUCAUCUUUUCCGGGAUGGGAGGAAAUCCUUUCAUGCUCCCAGGAUCGGCCAGCCUCCGCAGAGGGCCCAAUGGAGCUUCUGCCGCGGAGAGAGCGAGCCGCCUUGAUGACUCGCUAAUGUCAUCUGACACGGACGAUGAAGAUGAGGACAGCAGCAGUUUCUUGCCGGCGGGAGGAGCAUCGAUUCACGAGUUGUUCCGUCAGCUUGGAGCUCCCUUUGGGGCUCAUCGCCACCCUGCUGGUAUUGUGGUGGGAAGUGCUCCCCAUGGACUCCGCAUGGGGACAAUGCCAGUUUUUGAAUCACCUGCCGCUGUUGCACGCUCGUAUGCUUCCAACGUGGGCGACCGCACAGCUGGACGCGCUACAAAUCCUCUGGAAAUCGAUGACGACAGCGACGACGAAGACGAUAUUGAAGUUGUGCAAGUCACUCGCCCCCUUUAA